AUGGGAGUUCCUGAUGAGAAGAUUCACCCGCAUGCAACGGGGGCAGCUGCGAAGACCGUAGCUCAGCAUGAGCAGCCACAAGAUCUGGUGUUCUAUGCUGGAUGGUUCUGUCCUUUCGUACAGCGUAGCUGGGUCGUCCUCGAAGAGAAAGGCAUCCCUUACCAGUAUAAAGAGGUCAACCCGUAUAAGAAAGAGAAACACUUUUUGGACAUCAAUCCGAAAGGGUUGGUACCGGCCAUUGAAUAUAAGGGGAAAGCGCUGUAUGAGUCGCUGAUUAUCUGCGAAUUUCUCGAGGAGGCAUACCCAGACCACACUCCACAUCUCCUCCCUUCUGAUCCAUUCGAACGCGCCAUCGUGCGUCUCCAAUUGGAUCAUGUAAGCAAGGCCAUCCUUCCCGCCUUCUUCAGGACCCUGCAGGCGCAGGAGAAGGAUAAGCAGGAAGCGGGUCUGCAAGAACUGUAUAGCGGCCUGAGGCAGCUUGCGCAGAAGGUCAAGGGACCGUACUUCCUCGGCGAGCAGUUCAGCCUGGUCGACGUCGCUAUCGCACCGUGGGCUGUGAGGGACUACAUACUUGCGGAGCACAGAGGGUACAAGAGAGAGGACGUCGGAAACGGGUGGAAAGAAUGGGCCGAGAAACUCGAGAGUCGUGACAGCCUCGUCAAGACCUCUAGCCAACAUUACGAGGAGAUCUAUGGCCGCUACCUUCGCGACGAAGCUCAGAGCGAAGCCGCGAAGGCUACCAGAGCCGGCAGAGUUAUCCCGUAA